AUGUUGAUGAAGGUGAAUGUCAACUUGCCUCUGUUGGACGUGAUCAGAAGUGUCCCGGCCUAUGUGAAGUUCUUUAAGGAGUUCGCCUCCAAGAAGAGAAAGUUCAUGGAUAACGAGAAGAUUCUUGUGUUCGAGGUUGCAAACUCCAUUAUUUGGCUUUUUGAAACACUUGCAAACUUGAUGAAUGUGAUUGGAGUUUCUUGUAAGCGAAGAGAUAUGAUUCGAGUAAUUCAAGCUCAAAAAGUUGCUUAUGCUUUGGAAAUUGGUGAACUUGAGAGUGGAUCGGUUCAUGAGGUACUUGAGAUGAUUGGGAAGAAUGCUUCAUGUUCAGAAGAUCAGAUUAAAGCUCAAGCCAUUUUGUACUCAUUUGAGUCAUUCGAUUUCAUUUUUAUGGUGCACUUGAUGUUGACUAUUUUUGGAUACACUAAUUAUUUGUGUGUUGCUUUGCAAAAAAUAGAUCAAAAUAUUGUGAAUGUCGUGUCUCUUGUUUCAUUGUCUAAACAAUUGUUGCAAAAAACAAGAGGUUGUGGAUCGGAAACUCUCUUGGAUAAAGUCACUUCAUUAUGCACUAAAUAUGGCAUUGUUGUUCCCGAUAUGGAGGCUUCUUAUAUGCCACUAGGUAGAUCAAGGCGUUUUGUUCAACAAGAGACCAAUCUUCAGCAUUUUCGGAUUCAAAUUUUUGUGGGGGUGAUUGAUUUGCAGCUUAUGGAGCUCAAUGAGAGGUUUGACGAGGUUAAUACAGAGUUGCUUAAAUGCAUGGCUUGCUUAAGUCCCCGAGAUGGUUUUUCUUCUUAUGAUAAGGAGAAAAUACUUAAACUUGCCACAUUUUAUCUAUCUGAAUUUUCAGGUGUUGAGUUGAUGUCUCUUGAAUACCAACUUGAUAUAUGUAUUGAAGAUUUGCGAAAGGAUGAUAGUGUGACGUCCGGGGAUGAAGGAACAUGCUUGAUGAUGAUCUAUGGAGCUUUAGGCAAUAGGAAGGUGAAGGGGUGA